CUGCGGCUUGGCACGCCAUGGCAGGGACCUCCGGAGCCUCCGCGCUGCGCGCUGACAUGGCCAUCCCGACGUGCAACGGGAAGGCCGAGACGCUGGAGGACUACGCCAUUGCGGUGGAGCUGUUGACGCUGGGCUCAUCAAGGGAGGUGAGGCCACUGCUGGGUCCCAGGCUGGUGGCCGCGCUGCCGCAGGGGUCCGCCCAGCAGCGCUUCGCCCCUCGACUGCCGCGAGAGGCUGGCUUCGACUCGGACGGAGCCCCGCUGAAGCCGAAGACAAUCGCCAUGGACGGCCCCAACAACAUGAUCGAGUCGGCUUUCAGGAGGGAGCUGGGGACGCAGGUGGUGUCCGACGCCGGCGAGAAGACUGACGCGUGUUGCUGUGCAGGGCUGGGACGGAGUGCGCUGACCCGGCGACUUGGACAAAGCAUGGCACAGUGGAUCGAGACCGACGAGGGAGCCUACGACCAGCUACCGCGGGCGUGCAAGCUGAUGGUGCUGGACGUGGGAAACAUUUUGCCCAGACGCCUAAGCGAUGCGUGGGCUGAGAACGACUUGGCCGUGCGGGACAAAAAGGCGAAGCAGAUCAACCACCGCACGGCUCCCUACACCGAUGAGGUCCACUGGCAGACUUACGACGAGCAGGGGACCGACCACGAGCUGCCGCCGGACGAAUACGUUCAGGCGGACGAGGAGGACGUCGCGGCGCUGGAAGAGCACGAGGCCCUGGCCGCGCAGGAGACGGACGCAGCGACCCGCACUUGGGAGCAGGCCAGGCUCGCGAUCGACAGGGACGACUCCAGCAGGGCCGCGGCGCCGCUACGAAGUGCCUCCUUUGCCGGCAGCUGGGACAGAGCAGUGGACUGUCCUUCCAGAUACCAGACUGGAGGCAACUGCAACGGGAACAUGAACAUCGGUUACGAGGAGACGGACGACGAGAUUGUGGACGAGGCCACCGUCUCUUGCGUAUCCCACUGGGAGAGCGAAGACAAAUGGGUCCUGGCCAUCUCGCCAAACAUCGCGCUGGGCCUCAGCUUCUUCGCCGAGGUUGACCUCCGAGGCUUCGCGAUCGUGGGCAGUGGAGCCACCAAGUCCAUGAGGGGGCUGGCCUUCUUCGAGUUUGCUCGGGGACACAUAUACGACGCGCGCGGCCAGGGCCUGGCGGAAAUGAACACGAAGGAGCGGACUUGCUUCACCUGCGCCAACAACGCGACGGGCAUGAGCGUCGGGAGGGGCAAGCUUUGGUUCUCGCUUGCGCCCUCCGAGAGCCCGAUGCUGCUGGGCCUGGACUACCUGACGGAGGCGGACGCGAACGUGGCGCACCGCGGUUACCUGGAGCAUCCGGACGGUCACCGCGAGAGGCUCGAGCCCGUGCGCUCUGGCCACGGGGGGGGCAGGAACUCCGCCAUCGGCCUCUGCCAUCGUCCUUGCUGCCACGGACACCCCGACCGUUGGCGCAUCAGUCUCAUCGCCACCAUCAUCUCCACCACCGACCUUAGGAGCGAGGGCGUCUCAUCCGAUGCCGACUCAAGCGAGUGCUCCCCCGAGUACGCGGACGCAGAUACCGAGAUCGACUUCGACGCGAGCGGGCGCUAUGCCGAGUCAUGCGGCAGUGCGAUGGAAGACCCUACCGAGUCAUGCGGCUCUGCGAUCAAAACUACGUCGGCCGACGCUGUUAUCUCGAAAAUUGCGCCCAUCUCCGCGCCCGCUGCCGCGCGGGCAACCAGCGAGGAGAGCGACUCGGAAUUGGAGAAGCUGGGCGAGCACCCGCCCGCAGAGGAGGCGCCCUCCUCCGCGGCCGGACCUGUCUGCUCACAGGCACCUGUCUCGUUGCGCCCUGGGUCCACCAGGCCGACGCCGAGCGCGGGGUCGCGGCCGACGGUGGAGGCGGGCCCUGCGUCGGAGGAGUUCGACCUAUCGCCCAAGGAGCUGCGCUGCGACGCGCUGGAGCAGGCAAGCGACCUCCUGGCGGACGCGGACCCCCAGGCGAACUCCGAGCAGGUGGCCCACGUCUGCAAGGAGAUGGCCCGGUCUGCAGCGCACGAGGAGGCGGCGCUCCGGUCGCGGCUCGGCAGCUGCAAGGGGCGGUGGGCAGAGCUUGCAGAGCAGGAGCGCGCGCGCCCUCACAUCGACCGAGCGGCCGAGCACCUGGAGAACGCGGCCCCCCCAGGAGACGCGACCGGCGCCGCGGGCGCGGAGCAGUCGCCGCCGCUGCGCCGAGGGGGCCAGCGAGCCCUCGCAGGCGGGGCCCAGAAGGGGGCCUCUUCAGGGCACGAGGGGGCCCGGCCACCACUGGCAUCGCAUGGUGGCCCUCGCUCGGGACAGGAAGAAGUGGAGUUUUCGUGGCCACAUCCUCAACUGCAGCAGGAAAGAUCUCCCGAAGUCCGUGGAUGGACCAGCGAGAGGGCUGGGGAAGCACCUGGGUCGGUGGGGCUGGCGAAUGACCCGCCCCUUCUGGCGAAGGCUCAGAGCGUCGCCGAGACGCGCGCGGUGGUCACCCAGCUGCAGGGCUACCAGGCGGAGUCGAAUGAUAACACACUGGCAGUACUGAGACCCUCGCAGCUGGACCUACUCGAGAUGGGAUGCCAGGAG